ACAUCAUCAAUAAUAAUGGCAGCCACCGAGGCAACCGCCGCGCGCAUUCAGUUCAAGGCACUGAAGGGAUUUCCGGCCAGUACCAGUGAUAAGCUGGAGACACAGGCCUUCCUCGCCGCCGCUACGGAGAUAGUAACUGUCAUAGAGAGCUUUGGCAAACUUUUCACGCCCGUGACGAAAGACAUGAAUGGAAACAUAAGCAAGCUAACGAAAGCCUAUGGGACUGAUGUAUUGAAAUACAAGUAUCUGGAGGAUUUAAUUGUACUAAAUGUGAAUGUGGACGACUUUGCGGCAAAUGCGCUGCUCUGGCUAAAGCGUGGCCUUCAGCUCAUUUGCACCUUCUUCGAGAACAUAUACAACGAUGCCGGAUCCAAGGAGGCACUGAAGCAGCAUCUGCAGGAUGCCUACGAACGCACUCUAAAGCCCUAUCACGGCUUUAUUGUCCAGAACACAAUUAAGAUCAUCUACAGCUGGGUACCCACACGGAGCCAGUUGCUGGGACAGGGAGCCGCCCAGGCGGAGAACAUUGAGGUGAUGACCAGCUUUCUGCCAACAAUGCGCGCCCAUCUGGAUGCCAUUGAUGCGCUGCUGAAGGCACACAAUCUGGACGAUGCCCGGAAGGUGUAACCAUCACCAGUCGGGGGAUCGUGCAGCAACUUAGCUUAGCUUAGCUUAAAUAGCUUAUUCUACUUUAUUAUUUAUGCCAGUGUCCAAAUAAACCUCACAAGCCUUACUCUA